GCACUCUGCAGUUGUUUUCAACACACACGGAGAAGCCUCGGAACAUGAACACAUAUUACACUUGUAGUAGUUUAUAGAGGCUCUGUGAUUUCUUUUGAAGUGUAAGACUGCUUUUGUAAAUGAUUUCAUUUAUUGCUAGUGUUAGUUAUUUGUUUUUGCGUUCAGUGUCCCGGAGCUUACCGUUACACCUGUGCUAUGGCAGGAGAGUGUGUGUGCCAGCGCGAGUGACGGCACGUGCGUACUCUGCGGAAGCUGUGAAGGCUGAUUUGAGGAAACUAAAAAGGCUAGAAAAGCACUUUGAGAGAAAACUGCGUUCAGUUUAUGAGCAGUUUGCCGAUGUGCCUGACAACACUGUGUUCCAGGGACUCCAUCAUGAGUACAUUGUGAAAGAGAAUGGAGUAUACCGAGCAGCACGUGAAGAAGAUGGGCAGUACAUUGUGCCAGUGCUCAGUGCUGACUGGGCAGGUGAUGUGGAUAGGACUAUUCAGAGGGUCAGACUUUCUCCUUCUGAGUCAAUGCUGGCAGCUACACUGAAGAGCAACCACAAUGAGGCAGCUAGAUGCAUGCUAGUUCGAUUAGAACCAACUCCUAUUCCUCAGAAGCCCAUCCUCAUUCUUGACAACGUUUUCAGCUUUGAGUGGGCCACUGAUGAUGUACUAUACUACACCACUCAAGAAGGAUUCCGGUGCAGACAUGUAUUUCGACUUGACCUUACAAACUCUGGAGCCCACAGUGUGCUGGUUUAUGAGGAAAAAGAUCCUGAGUUUUUUGUGGAGGUCAUUCGCUCAAGAGACCAGAGGCUUCUGACUAUAAACUGCAGCAGUAAGAGGAGCUCAGAGGUCUGGAUGAUUGACAGCUGGUCUCCUUUCUCACCCCCUGAACUAGUACAACCUCGACGGCCUGAAUUGGUAUACCAUGUAGAGCACUCUGACAAUCAGCUGUACAUCCUUGCCAACACUGGCCCAGGCCAUGAGUACGAGCUGCUGAGGACCUCUCUCUUCACUCCUGCCAUGUGCUAUUGGGAGCCUGUGUUUAGCCCUGUCCCUGGAUCAGCCAUUAAAGACAUGGAGAUGUUACCAGACCACUGUGUGUUCACAUUAAAGGGGCCUCAGGGUCGACUCCAACUGCUGACGUUUCCAUUAAAAACUCCUAAUGAUGUGGCCAUUCACCAUCUACCUUCCUGGGCCUGUGCUAUAGAGACGGAACGCUCUGACACACUGAAGAGUAACGCAGUCCACUUCCUCCUGUCCUCCCCGGUUCAUCCCCCUGCUCGCUAUCUCUUUUCACCUACGCAUGAGCAACCCGUACCCUGUGAGGAGGUGCUUCAACACACCGCCUUCUCUGAGUGUCACACCACCCAUCUGCAGGCCAUCAGCCAGGAUGGGACUGCAGUGCCUUUGACACUUUUUCACACAAAAUCAAUUUCUGAUCUGAGUAACGUUCCACUCUUGCUCCAUGUAUAUGGUGCUUACGGCCUGGACAUCAACAUGGGCUUCAGUCCUGAGAAAAGACUGCUGCUGGAGGACAACUGGGCUUUGGCCUACUGCCAUGUCAGGGGUGGUGGAGAGUGUGGUCUGGCCUGGCACCGAGCAGGGUGUUUGCAGAACAAGCAGAAUGGAGUAGAUGAUCUCACUGCCUGCAUUCAGACCCUCUUUCAAUCAGGAGUAUCUCAGCCUGCACUAACUGCCCUGACUGCACGCAGUGCAGGAGCUGUCCUAGCGGGUGCACUGUGCAACCAGCGUCCUCACCUUCUCAGGGCCAUCCUCCUGCAGGCACCUUUUUUGGAUGUUCUUAGCACUAUGCAGGACUCAUCCCUGCCAUUAACAAUAGAGGAGAGAGGAGAGUGGGGUGACCCGCUUGCAGAUCCCCAAGACCGGGACAACAUUGCUUCUUAUUGUCCUUGUCAUAAUAUUACGCCUCAGCUGUAUCCACCCAUGCUGAUCACUGCGUACUCUGAGGACAGCAGAGUGCCCUUGUCAGGUGUGUUAAAGUAUGUAGAAAAACUCAAGAAGGCCAUCCAGACCCAUACCAGCCACCACAGUAUGAAAGGAAAUAUCCCAGCCAUCGUUCUGGAUCUUCAGCCAGGUGGAGAUCACUUUGGUCCACAGGAUUAUGACCAGUCCAUGUGUGAGAUUGCUCGACAGUUAGCUUUCCUCUAUACAACACUGGGACUGGGUUUUCAUGGAUCCAGAUUCAUGAAGACUUGAUGAAAUCUGACAUUAUCCUGAACUGUGAGCUCAUAUAAUUGUGACUAAAGUAUUUUAUUA